AUGACUUCUUAUGACUGCUUCUUAACUUUCGUUCCUCCCCUUACUUUGAACUUAGCCGCCCGGAUUCCACAGCACCCUCGAUGUGAACCCCACCCUUCUAUCCAUACUUUCAUUAUUAGUUGCUACCACAAAUAUGACAAUCCUCGCCUGACCCUUCCCAGCCCUUACACCCAAUCUAUUUCUCUGUCACUUUCUCUAUCAGGAGGUCACUAUCUCUACUCUUCUCUCUCUCCCACUCUCUCUCUCUCUCUCUCUCUCUCUCUCUCUCUCUCUCUCUCUCUUGGUUCUUUUUUCAUCCUCUUUUUAAAGUCCUCCUCUCAGGUUCAAACUGAUACUCAAGAAAAUUUACUCUUAAAAAUGAAAUAUUCAUUUCCCUAUCUACUUCUAUUUUAUCUCCUCUCUCUCUCUCUCUCUCUCUCUCUCUCUCUCUCUCUCUCUUACUUUCAUUGUUUUCACUCUACGUCUUCUUUUUCCAUCCAUUACUCUCCCUUUCUUCACGUUAUCUGCUCAUCACACCUUUCUCUUCUUUUCUUACUCUCCUUUAAGGAAUUUUAUCGACUCUGCACUUUAUUUAUUCAGGCAGUAAUUCGCUCUUUCCUUCAACAAAAAAUAGCUAUAAAUAUUUUUAUUUUACCUUAA